UCCAUUCAGCAUAUCCAUGGCGCACAACAUGCAAGCGUAAAAAGCAAACAUCUGUAACUCACUUCUAAAUCACAUAACACAGUGUCCUCCAAAAGUGCCAUUACGUGUAACGACCGCAUCCACCUAAUGUGGAUACACUAAUUUCAAUGCACACACUAAUGGGGCAUGGCCAACCUACAAACACUGCAGAUUAGACUGACCAAGGCAUGGAAUACUCACUCCUGUAUAUGAGGCAUCCAUACAUUUAUUGUAACCCUUUCUAUACGAUGAAAUCCUACCAAAUCAUCACGACGUUUCAAUCAUUUCGAAAUUCACUAAAGAAAAUUGGAUCAGUCUACUGCCAACAGAGCUUAGAGUUCUAUUCAAAAGUUGGCGCUUUGCGCGUUUCGACCAAAUCCAGAAAUAUUAUAAUCACGGAUAACUCUCGCAAUCAAACACAUCUGAGAACCCUUUUUGCAGGUUUCCAAGCAAGAAUCGUACGGUGUGUCUCGAAAUCGUAAAUCUUUGGAUCGCAGUUGUCGAAACUGUGUAAUUUCUCCCAUAAAAGAGUGGCAUACCAACAUCAGCAACGUGAACAAUUUCGUAUUAGAAGCGGACAGGCGGGCUUUGUCAGCUGUAACAAAAAAAAAGAAAAAGAGUGCGGGACUGACUGAAAACUUCUUUAUGAGCACACGUUGAGUGAAGUUAGACACUUUAUGGCUUGGCAAAACUUGUCUUGGUGAAAAUUGCAUCGUGUAACAACAGGUGGAUUCAUACGAAAGAAAACCAAAAAGAAAAACACCGUUCAGGGAAGAAAAGCAAGUGACAACUCGAGAGACAGAUAGACAGCAAAGUAGGAAAAACGAAACUCAGCAAGUGUUACAAUUAUUAAGUAAUUCGAGCGAUUAUCUUCUGAACAUACACACCCACACAAUUGAGUGGAGCCGACAUCAGGCGGAUGGUGGCCGACAUUAAUCGCGCAUUACGCUAGUCGUGUGUGAGGGGAGAUCUACUUCUGGAGUGAGGGCGGCAGCAUUAGGCUUCACGGCAGCACGCGACUUUUCCAGCAAGAGAAAUGGAGGAAGAAAAAGGCCUGCAAUUGUGGAUUAUCUUUCGAAUGUGAACUUUUCAUGGACAACUAGCGGACGUUUUACCCGUGCAGAAAACGUAGCGCAAGCUCCGAACGAAAAGGCCAUCGCAUCCGGAUUAGAACAAAUCGUGUUGAUUCCACUUCAAAAUUCUAACGAAAUCAUCUCUUCGCUUGUGGCGAAGUGAAUUAUGUACCGUCGCAUUCAGAGUCAACAGCAUACGAGAGCUACUAGUAAAAAUUGGCGCAAAUAUCCGAAUUCGUGAGGACGCUGGCAGGCAAAGCCUAUCUUUUGUAACUAUUAAGUAAAUUUUCAACUAAGUUGUUCUUGAGUCGUUCUAGCAAUGGUAUUCAACAUACUAAUAGCAUCAUCUGUGAUCAAAACAGCCACUGUAGUGGGCUCUAGUCUAUGGCUCAUACCAUUUUUACUGGGAGCCAUAUCAUAUUAUCGGUACGACCGGGUCGAUCCUGAGUCGCGAGUUAUCGAUCAGCAGAGUCUUUACUCGGAAUAUGAUUUCAUAGUAGUGGGUGGUGGUUCAGCCGGUGCUGUGGUAGCAAAUAGGCUCACGGAAGUUAACAGAUGGAAGGUAUUGCUGCUGGAGGCAGGACCCGAUGAGAAUGAAAUAUCAGACGUCCCAUCACUCUCCGCUUAUUUGCAGCUCAGUAAGCUGGAUUGGGGAUACAAAACAGAACCCACGAACAAAGCAUGUCUCGGUAUGGUCAACAAUCGCUGUAACUGGCCUAGAGGAAAAGUUUUAGGAGGCUCUAGCGUACUAAAUUAUAUGAUCUAUGUAAGAGGAAAUAGAAACGAUUUCAAUCACUGGGAAUCUCUUGGAAACCCCGGAUGGGGAUACAAUGAUGUUCUGCAGUAUUUCAUCAAAUCGGAAGACAACCGAAAUCCAUAUCUUGCCAGAAAUCCUUACCACGGUAAGGGAGGAUUACUAACUGUACAAGAAGCACCGUGGCAUACCCCACUAGUGGCUGCAUUUGUCGAAGCGGGAUCAGAAAUCGGAUACGAGAAUCGUGAUAUUAAUGGAGCCCAACAAAGUGGAUUUAUGAUCGCUCAGGGAACAAUUCGUCGUGGAAGUCGAUGUAGUACAGCAAAGGCAUUCCUUCGGCCGAUACGGCUCAGGAAAAAUUUACACACAGCGUUGAAUUCUCACGUUACGAAACUGUUGAUCGAUCCAGUGACGAAAAAAGCCAUAGGAGUUGAAUUCUUCCGACAAGGGAAAAGACAUUUCAUCAAAGCCAAGCGGGAGAUAAUAAUGUCCGCUGGAUCGAUAAACACACCCCAAAUAUUGAUGCUUUCCGGCAUUGGUCCAAAAGAUCACUUGGAUGAAUUGGGCAUUAAAACCAUAGUAGAUUUACCAGUCGGUAAAAAUAUGCAAGAUCAUGUAGGAAUGGGUGGUCUUACGUUCCUAGUAGAUAAGCCAGUGGCAAUUUUACAAAAUAAACUGGAAGCUGCAUCUGUGACCAUGAACUAUGUAAUCAACGAACGAGGACCCAUGACAGUUCUUGGCGGACUGGAAGGAAUCGCUUUUGUAAACACUCCAUUUGCUAACGUUUCCAAAGAUUGGCCGGAUAUCCAAUUCCAUAUGGCUCCCGCUUCGUUGAACUCAGACGGAGGAGCGCGAGUGAAGAAGAUUCUUGGACUCAAAGAAAACAUCUACCAAGAGGUAUUCCAACCUAUCCAUAAUACCUACAGCUGGACCAUCAUGCCUCUUCUUUUGCGACCUCGAUCUCGUGGUUGGGUUCGCCUGAAAUCGAAAAACCCUUUCCACUAUCCCUUGAUGAAUCCAAACUAUUUCGAAGAUCCAUUCGAUGCACUAACACUAGUCGAAGGCGCAAAGUUAGCACUGCGUGUGGCAGAUGCGAAAGUGUUUAAGCAGUUCGGCAGUCGGUUGCAUCGGACGCCCCUUCCUAACUGUAGGCAUCACAAGUUUCUGUCGGAUGCCUAUUUGGAUUGCCAGGUACGAACGAUCUCAAUGACCAUCUACCAUCCAGUCGGAACGGCGAAGAUGGGCCCAGAGUGGGAUCCAGAAGCCGUUGUCGAUCCAAGACUGCGAGUUUACGGUGUUUCUGGAUUACGAGUCAUUGAUGCCAGUAUAAUGCCAACAAUUGUGAGUGGCAACACCAACGCUGCGGUGAUUAUGAUUGGCGAAAAAGGCGCAAAUAUGGUCAAGGAAGAUUGGAUGGGUCUUACUUGUUAUUUCCGCUAUUACACUGAAGCUCAAGAUAGCAUCAUGUCUAUGAUUGAGUUUCUCCAGGAUGGCGAGAGGAGACUGGAUAGAGAACUUCCUGAUAGAAAAACUUUGAAUGAAGAAUACGAUUUCGUGAUAGUUGGCGCCGGGUCAGCAGGUUGUACUUUAGCAGCCAGACUGUCGGAAAUAAGUGAUUGGAAUAUUUUACUCAUAGAAGCUGGUGCGAAUGAAAAUCUGCUGAUGGAUAUUCCAAUGUUCGUUCAUUAUAUGCAAAGUUAUGAUGUGAACUGGGACUAUCGAACAAAGCCAAGUGAUCAGUACUGUCUGGCAUUUAAAAACAAUCAGUGUAGAUUUCCACGGGGAAAAGUGAUGGGCGGAUCGAGUGUGCUUAAUUACAUGAUUUACACGAGAGGAAAUCGACGUGACUUCGAUAGUUGGGCUGCUGCCGGAAAUGAAGGAUGGAGUUACAAAGACGUGCUACCUUACUUUCAAAAAUUAGAACACAGUGUAGUUUCUGAUUCGUAUCCAGGAUAUGCUGGGAAGACAGGGCCAUUAUCAGUAUCAUAUGUGCCAUAUAAAUCAAAAAUAGCGAAGUUGUUCUUGGAAGCAUCAAUACAAGCGGGAAUUCCAUAUGUGGACUACAAUGGCCCAGAACAAGUGGGAGUUUCGUUUAUCCAGAGCACCACUAGAAAUGGAUAUCGUGACAGUACGAAUGCUGCAUAUUUAUAUCCCUUGAGGAACCAAACGAAUUUACAUGUAAAGAAGCGGAGUCAAGUUACAAAAAUCAUUAUUGAUAAAGAAACGAAACAAGCAACGGGUGUGAAAUUUUAUCAUAAUCGCAAAUAUUACACAGUUAGGGCUCGACAUGAAGUAAUAUUAUCAGCUGGAGCAAUAGGAUCUCCUCAUCUUUUACUGCUAUCCGGGGUAGGUCCCGCGCAACAUCUUCGAGAGAAAGGCAUCAAACCAAUAGUGGAUCUACCUGUGGGUUACAAUUUCCAAGAUCACACAGCUGCUGGAGCACUAACAUUUCUAGUCAACAACACGAAGAGUAUGAUGGUUGAACGAGCAAUGUCGAUCGAAAACUUUAUGGAUUUGCAACUUCGUCAUACGGGACCCUUAGCUUCAAUCGGUGGGUGUGAAACAAUAGGUUUCUUUGACUCAGAACAUCCAAACGAAUCGGAUGGUUGGCCCGAUUAUGAACUAUUACAAAUAGGUGGAACCAUGGCUGGCGAUCCUUCAUUUGAACUAAACUUCAAUUAUAAGCAUGAAACUUUCCAAAAAUUAUUCGGAGAGAUUCAACGAAAAAGCCUCAGUGGAUUUACAGUAUUUCCGCUUAUAUUGAGACCUCGAAGCAGCGGUCGUAUAUCGCUGAAGAAUGCCAACCCUUUCCGAUACCCAGUGAUAGAGCCAAACUACUUCUCAGAUCCAUACGAUUUGGACAUCUCGGUGAAAGCAAUACGCAAAACAUUGGAAAUAAUCGAUCAACCCGCAAUGCAAAAACUCAACGCUCAUCUCCUCCCGGUUUCAAUGCCAGGAUGCGAGCAGUAUGAGUUCAACUCCGAUGAGUACUGGAAAUGUUUCACGAGACAUGCCACCUAUACCAUCUACCACCACGUGGGCACCUGUAAAAUGGGUCCCCGAAAAGAUCGCACUGCAGUUGUUGAUCCUCGCUUGAGAGUGCACGGAAUCAAAGGUCUGCGAGUGGUGGAUGCCAGUAUCAUGCCGAAUGUUCCGGCGGGGCAUACCAACGCACCAACGGUUAUGAUCGCCGAAAAAGCAGCCGACAUGAUAAAAGAAGAUUGGAAUAUGGUUCGGUGAUGAACAUUAUGUUGGCGUAGAACUACAAGCUUUAACUUAAUAUGUAUAUACUUAUGAGAAGACUGGUUUAAUAAAUGUUUAAGUGCAAUC